AUCCACGAACACUUCACAUCUUCCACGUGUCUCCUCUGUUUUCUGUCACUGGUGUAUCCAUGUCCCCUCUUAUUGUCCCCUCCAUCAUUGCUCCGUGUCCUCUCUGUGUCCCCUUCCUGUCCCCUCCGCAUCCCUCCAAUGUCCCCCCAUGUCCCCUUUGCGUCAGGGUGACACAAGACAUGGGAGCACAUGAACAGGGAGACACAGGAACACGCUGACAUGGCUGAUCAUGGACAUGGCAGUGACAAGGACAUGGGGACAUGGCUGCUCACAGACAUGGCCACACAAUGGCAGAGACAUGGGGACACAGGGACACAGUGACAUCUAUCCAUCCAACAGUCCCUGCCCUGCCUCCCUCCCGCUGACAUUCUGGAACGUGAGAACCAAACUGUUAUGCUGCUGUGGUGUCAUCAGUUUGGGGACAGCACAUGGAGGGGCACAUUGGUGGCACCCCUUUGGUGACAACCUCGAGAAUGGCACAUUGGUGACAAACCUGCAGCCAUUUCUUUGGUGACAGCACUGAAGCCAUCACCAGUGACAGCACCUCAGGGGUGGCCCAUUGGUGGCAACCCCUUGGUGACACUCUUGCCGCCACCCCCAGUGCCAAUGGUCCCUGGCCAUGCUGCGACUCCAUGUGGUCAGUGUCCACAUCCCCGGGGCCACCGGCUUUGGUCCCAGUGUCCAUCUGUCCGUCUGCUUCCGAGGUACCUCCAGGAGAACCCAGGUGGUGCCUGAGGAGCGCAGCCCCACCUGGAAUGAGGAGCUGGUGUGGUCACUGGACGAGUGUCCCCUAAGCCCCACGGACACGCUGAGCCUGCGCCUCCAGCACUGGGACCACCUGGUGCCCCGGGGGGACUUGGGUGGCACCACAGUGUCAUUGGACCAGUUGGUGGCCAACCCCAGCCUGCCGAUGGCCCGCAGGGAUGUCCUGCUUCUGGACCGCUGGGAUAAGCCCACAGGGUGCACUGUCACCUUCCGCUGUUACUACACCCCCCGUGGCAAGGCUGGGAACGCCACGGUCACCUCUCAGGGAUGGGUGGCACUGCCGGGGGCACUGGAGCCACCUCAGAGCUCUGGCAGGGCCCCCGUGGAGAGGAAAGAGGAUUUCCAGGUCCGGGUGAGGAUCAUCCAGGCCCGGCAGCUCCAGGGUAACGAUAUCAGGCCGGUGGUGAAGGUGCUCAUAGGGAAGCGGUACUUCCGGACCCGGAGCCGGACAGGGAACAACCCCUAUUUCAAUGAGGUGUUCUGCCAAAAUUUCCACGAGACGCCAGAGCAGUUGGUGGCACAGCCCAUCCGGAUCCAGGUGCUCCGUUCCCAAAACCUCUGCACCAAAUCUGUCGUUGGCACCUUCGAGCUCGACAUCGGCACUGUGUACUCUGCACCAGGGCGCACCCUGAGCCGGCAGUGGUUGAGCCUGCAGCACCCGCAGCACCAUGACAGCCGCUCCCGGGGGUACCUGCAGGUCAGCCUGGCCGUGCGCCGGGCAGGGGAGAGAGUGCAGGAGCAGGAGGUGCCAGUGGGGGACGAGGAUGUGGAAUCCAACCUGCUGCGCCCACCCCCAUGUGCUACCAUGCUGCAGAUCCACGUGUACCGUGCCCAGGACCUGCCACAGGUGGAGCCGGCGCGGCCGUACCUGGGCGUCAGGAGGGGCUGGGGGAAGGUGGCAGUGCGGGUCAGCUUUGCCGGCAGGACGCUCUGCACCCGAGUGAUGCUCCCCAGUGCCAACCCCGAGUGGAACGAGGUCUUCUUCUUCCCACUGAGGCUACCCCCCAUCUGUGAGGAGAUCCAGCUGGACCUUCUCCGGGGGUCAUGCCGGAGCAAAGUCCUGGGCACUGCCACCAUCCACCUGUCGCAGAUCUACCAAGACCCUGAGGAACUCCAGGGGGUGACCCCCGGCUUCCUACCCUGCUUUGGACCCGCCUUCCUGCCCCUGUAUGGCCCCCGGCCCGACUGUGCCCGGGACUUGGGGGUGGAUUAUCGGGGUCGAGUGCUCCUGGAGAUCCGCACCAGUGAGGGGACCCCAGACGGGCGGCAGAGAGACAUUGUGGCACCCGUGGAUGUGGAACGGGCACAGCAGCAGCUCCUGCCCCCGUGCCAGUGGGGGCUCUGUGGGGUGUUUUACUCGGCCACGAUGGUCCCAGAGGGUCCUGAUCCGCUGGGAUUUGAGCUCGGGAUUGGACACGACUCCUCGGCCACCCCCCUGAGCCCUCCCCUGUUUGAUGGGAACCUGUACCACCACCUGCCCUGGCACGGGGACAAGCCUGUGGUGGCUGUCACCUCGUCCUGGGAGGACAAUUGUUGCCGCUGGGACACCCUGAACCUCCUUCGCACCCUGUGCCGGCGCCUGGAGAGGAACACGGCGGAGCUGCGGCGCUGCCGCGGGGACACCGCGAGGGACGUGGGGGUGAAGCUGCUCUGGGAGCUGGAGCAGGACUGCACGCAGGCACUGGCCCAGCUGGAGGCACAAACCACGCCCCUCACGGCUCUGGACGAGCAGCUCAGGAAUUCCCGGCGGCUUCUCCUGCGACAUUUGUGGAAUGUGGCCAAGGAGGCUCCAGUAAAGGCUGAGAAAUACGACUGGGACACACUGGUGUCGGGGGCUGAGAGGUGGCUCAGACGGGUGGCUGCCCUGGCAGUGGAGCCCCAGGCCGGUGUCCCCAACUUGGUGCUGUGGCUGCUGCAGGGGCAGCACCGGGUGGGCUGUGCCCAUGUCCCUGUCACCGAUGUCACCUUCUCACCAAUUGGCCCCGACGCCUGCGGGCGGCUCUGCGGGAGGAUGCAGACCAUCUUCCUGGGCUCCGGGACGGUUGGUGCCCAGGUCCGUGUCCGGCUGUGGCUGUGCCGGGUGUGCGACAGCGGGGCCCUGCCCCCGCUGCUCGAGGGGUCCCUGCAAUUCCACACCGAGACUUACGAAAACCAGACAAGGCUUCUGGGGAAAUGGGGGCCCUGGAAGCUGUUGGGGCGUCCCCCCUUCUCCGAUGGCAUGGGCAGGGAGGGGCUCCCUCCGGGAAAGAUCCAGCCCCCCAAGGGAUGGCGCUGGGAGGGGCCCUGGAACGUGGAGCUGCAACCGAGGGAGAUGCUGGACACAGGCACUACCGUGUGUGAGAUACUGCAGGAGCUGAACGGGAACCAGAUCCAGAGGAGCCGCUCCAACGGGACCACCUCGGAUACUGACCCUGGAGCAGUGUCAGAGGAUGAGCCCUGGCAGUCUGAGUGUUUCUGGCCCUGCCCCUUCCUUCCCAAACCCCCGAAGGGUGUCCUGGGGGGGGCCCUGUGCCGGCGACGCCGCUGGCACCGUGGCUUGGUGCUCGCCCAGCCCACGGCCGUGGCACCCCUGUUCCUGCUGCAGGGAGUCCCAGACACGGAGGACACGCCCCUCGUGGCACCGCUGGAACCCUGGGGGUUGCGGCCCCCCCUGGAGCAGCCCCCACCCUUCAUUCUCUGCACCUUCCCCUGUCCCAGCCACUUCCAGCUCCGCUGUUACCUCUUCCGGGCCCUGGAUCUGACCCCUGGCAUCUCCAAGACCUCUAUAGCCGCCGCUGCCCACGUGUCGAUCGUGGAUCGGAGCCAACGCUCCCGGGUCGUGCGGGGUGUCCUGGACCCACUCUGGGAACAGACGCUGCUGCUCCACCCAGUGCUGCUGUUCGGGAACCCCCAAGGGGUUCGGGAGGACCCCCCAGCCGUAGUGGUGGAGGUGUUUGACCAGGCUGGGGAGGGUGCCGGUGUUUUUCUGGGGAGGUGUGUGUGCACCCCCGAGGUUUGGCUGGAUCUGGGACACCGGGAGCCCCCCCGGCUCCAGCCUCACCCCCUGCGCGGGCCGUGGGGCCCAGCUGGGAGCCUGGUGGCUGCCUUUGAGCUGCUACUCGAGCCUGAGGACGGGGCCCUGGCAGCGCUCACACCCCCCCCGCUGAGGAAGGAUGUGCUUGGCAUUCCCCUGGGAAUCCGGCCACGGCUCCAGAGGGUGGCACUGGAGGUGCUGGCCUGGGGGCUACGGGGGCUGCGUGGGGCUGUGAGGGAACCCAGGCUGGAGCUGCAGUGGGAGGACCAGACCCUGUGGACUCCUGUGAUCAAGGAUUUCACCUCCAACCCCAAUUUCCCCACCACCACCUUCCUGCUGACCCUGGCCCUGCCAGAGGAGGAGCAGUUGGUGCCCCCCAUCCGGCUGCGGGUGUGGGACAGGGGGAACAGGAAGCUGGAGGUCCUGGUGGGACAAGGCUGCGUGCGGGGACUGGGCCAGUACCGCUGCAGGACCCCUGGCCUAGAGCAGCCCCCCUGCCAGGAGCAGCCCCCUGGCCCUGGAGACACUGGGACUGGCUCCUAUACAGUCGUGUCCAUGCCAGACGAACCCCUUUCCCUGCUGGCCGUUUUCAGCCUCUGGAAAGGUUUAUGUUCCCACCUCCUCACCAGAGCCUGGACCAGGAUCGCCCAGAUCCUGCUCAGCUGCCUUGGGAAGAAGGAGGAUGACGACAAGGACAUGGAAGAGGAGGAGGUGGACUGGUGGAGCAAAUUCUACACGGCCUUGGAGGAUAAGGGAGAAAUCCCAUGGGGAACAAACAGGGAUAGACUUAAGAUCUAUGGCUGUGAGCUGGAGGCUGUGCCCGAGUUCCAGGGGCUGCAGGAUUUCUGCCAGACCUUCCCUCUCCACAAACCAGGUGGUCCCCCCGUGCCUGGGCAGAAUCCUGAGCCCGUGGGUGAGUUCAAGGGGCUGUUCUGUAUCUACCCCCUGCCCGAGGAGCCUGGGGUGCCCCCCCCACCCCAGCACUUCCAGCAGCUGCCCCCCAGCAAACCCCAGGAUUGCCUGGUCCGGGUCUACAUCAUCCGGGCAUUCGACCUGUCUCCCUGUGAUGUCACUGGGCUGAGUGACCCCUAUGUCCGGGUGUCCCUGGGGAAGAGGACCCUGGGCCAGCGGGACCAGUACGUGCCCAACACCCUGGAGCCUGUGUUUGGCAGGUGGAAAUGA